AUGGCAAAUUACUUGCAUUUUGACAUAUAUGACUUGGAGUUGACUGAUGUUCAGUCUAACUCGGAUCUGCGAAGGUUGUUGAUGGCCACGGCUAAUCGCUCGAUUUUGGUAGUGGAGGACAUAGAUUGCUCGGUGAAGUUGAAGAAUCGGUUGGCAGUAAAGUCUGAUGCAAAAGACAAAGACAAGCAAAAGAUUAUAAACACAGAGGACGAAAAAAAAAUAACUUUGUCGGGCUUUCUCAAUUUCAUUGAUGGGUUAUGGUCAAGUUGUGGUGACGAAAGAAUCAUCGUAUUCACGACGAAUCAUAAGGACAAACUCGACCCUGCACUUAUACGUCCUGGUCGUAUGGAUGUUCACAUCCAUAUGUCUUAUUGUACCCCUUGUGGAUUCCGUCUUUUGGUCUCCAACUAUCUUGGUAUCACCCAACACAAAUUAUUUAAAGAAAUCGAGGAUUUGCUGCUCAAGAUUAAUGUUACCCCGGCUGAAAUAGCAGAGCAACUACUAAAGCACGAUGACCCGGAUAUUGUUUUGGAUGGACUUAUCAAGUUUUUUGAUGUGAAAAGGAAGGCAAAGCAGGAAGAGGCAGAGGCCAUGGCAGGCCGAAGAUCAAGGAAAAAGAAGAGUUGA